GCGGCCGCCGUUACCGGACCGCUCGGGCGUCGGUGGGGUCGGCUUGUCGGUCCGUGCCGCCGCCUGGGGCUCGGCAGCCCCGGCCCGGUGGGCUGAUGCGGGCGGCACGUGCGUUUCUCCGGUGUCCCGGGGCAGCGGGAGAGGGCUGGGGAGCAGCGGCGGAGGGAGUGGCGUGUCGCCCCGUGUCCCCCCGGAGGCGCCCCGGCCCCGCGGCGGGCGGCAGGGCUGGCUCUGAUGCGGCCGGAGCCCGGGAGCCGGCGUUGAGGAAGGAAAGUCUCUGCUUCCUCCUCAUGUCAGCGCCUCCGAGCCCCCGGGGCUGCCCCGGGAAGCGGGUUGCGCGGGGCUGUCCUGUGAGGAAGGGGCAGCAGCGCUCGCUCGGCGGCUUCUGCGCCUUUGGGGUGUUGCCCUCACCUCGCUGAGCACCUGGAGGCAGCUGGCGGCUUGAGCUCCGUGCUUUAAUGUCACCAGCUCGGCUGGGCUGCCGCCCGAAGUCACCCAUGUUUGCAAACGUCUCUCUUCAGCUUCUCGAGGACUAUGGGAAUAUGCUGCUUGCAGAGGCUCUGCUGGAAGAAUGUUUGAAGGAAAACUUCUCUAAACUGAAGGACUCCAUUCCACUGUCAGAGAAAAAUGAGCCGAAACUGAGUGAAGCCAAGCAGUAUUUGACCAAUAUCUUAAGCAGAGGAAAACUGCGACCUAAGUAUAUGACAGAGGCUCUGCUGAUCCUAGGAAAGCUUCAUUAUGUGGAGGGAUCCUACAGAGAUGCCAUCAGCAUGUAUGCAAAAGCAGGAAUUGAUGACCUUCCAACAAAAGAUGAACCUCUGUACGUGCUGCGUUUGGUAACUGAAGCCUUCGUUAUUAAAGGUCUGUCACUGGAGCGCUCAACCAACUCAAUUGCCUCACGUGCUCGACUGUGUGAAAAGGAGGAGGAAGCCAUGGCUUGUUUUGAGACAGCGUGUGUCAUUGCCCAGGUGUACCUGCAGGAGCUUGAAAAGACCUUAAACAAUACACAUUCACGAAGUAUCAAGGGCAGCAACGUGACUUACUCAGAGUUUGAACUUUCCUACUUCCUGGAAGCAGCUUUACAGAGUGCCUAUGUGACUCAUCUGAAGAAGGGAAAUAUUGUGAAAGGCAUGAGGAGUCUGCGAGAAAUACUACGGACUAUAGAAACAAAAGCUACUCAGACCUUCAGAAUGACUGCAGCCAAACAGCUAGCCCAGGUACUUCUCCAUUCCCUCAGUGAAGACUGUUACUGGAGCCCUUUAUCUGACCCACUUCCUGAGUUCAUGAACAAGGAAGAUCAGUCUUAUGUCAGCAAUCUUCUUUGUCGGAGGCCUGAGCUCUACACAGAAGAGAAUGCCUACUGCCCUCAAGACAAUGUAGAAGAAGCUCUUCUUCUCCUCUUGAUCAGUGAAUCCAUGGCCAACCGGGAUGCAGUGAUCAGCCGAGCCCCAGACCAGCAGGAUGACCGAGCUGUCAGCCUCCAGGAUGCUUCUGCAGUCUACGACCUCCUCAGUAUCACGCUGGGCAGGAGAGGGCAGUAUGUCAUGCUUGCUGAGUGCUUGGAGAGAGCCAUGAAGUUUGCGUUUGAUGAAUUUCACCUCUGGUAUCAGCUCGCCCUGUCCAUGGUGGCCUGUGGAAAGUCAGCGUAUGCUGUGUCAGUGCUCAAAGAGUGUGCUAAACUGCGACCUACGGAUCCCACCGUUCCUCUGCUGGCUGCCAAGGUCUGCAUUGGGUCACUGCAUUGGCUGGAAGAAGGAGAAUACUUUGCUAAAAUGGUGAUAGACCUGGGUGAGGAUGCUGGAGAGUCCCUCGCAAAGGGUUACCUGGCACUGGGGCUGACGUACAGUCUUCAAGCUACUGACGCUACUCUGAAGGACACUCAGGAUGAAUUAAAUAAGAAAGCACUUCAGACUUUGGAGAGAGCACGUGACUUGGACCCGGAAGAUCACCAGAUCAUAUUGUACCUGUCACUGCAGCUGGCGCUCGUUAGACAGAUUUCUGAUGCUAUAGAACAUCUUCAGGAAGCACUGCAGCUGUGCAAAGAUGACAUGAAUUCACUUCAUCUGCUGGCCCUCCUCUUUUCAGCUCAGAAGCACUAUCAGCAUGCACUGGAUGUUAUCAACAUGGCUGUUGUUGAAUACCCGGAAAGCUUUAGCUUACUCUUCACCAAGGUAAAACUGGAAUGGAUACAUAAAGGACCUGAAGAGGCUCUAGUGACAUGCAGGCAGAUGUUGCAGAUGUGGCAGAUGGUAUAUAAUGUUUUACAGCACAGUGGCUCUGAGAAAGGAAGCAGCGUGACUGAAACACCAGUGAUCAAAAAGCAUAAUGGACUGCAUCUCACACUGCCAGAUGCUCAUGAUACUGAUUCUGGAUCACAGCGAGCCUCGUCCCUUGCUGCAUCAAGACUGGAACAGGCCAUGUCUGAAAUAACUAUGCAGAGCAGUACAAUGAAGCAAGGACCUAUGCAGCUGUGGACAGCUCUUGAACAGAUUUGGCUACAAGCUGCUGAGCUCUUCAUGGAACAGCAGCAUCUGAAAGAAGCAGGCUUUUGUAUCCAGGAGGCAGCGAGUCUUUUCCCCACAUCUCAUGCUGUACUGUACAUGCGUGGGAGGCUUGCAGAGAUGAAAGGCAAUUUGGAGGAGGCUAGGCAAUUGUAUGAUGAAGCGCUCACAGUGAAUCCAGCUGGAGUGGAAAUUAUGCACAGCCUGUUGCCAGGCUUCCUUCCUCCGUCCAGAGAAGACAGCGGAGCCGUCACAAACAAGGUGAUAAGUGCUUCUCUGACACGGAAGCCAUCACUGAGACGCUUCGAGUGGCUGUUUCCUCUCCUGGGGGAGCUGUGUGCUCCCCUCAUCAGCCAGAGAUGUGGGGUGGUUGGAAGGAGCAAAUCUGAUCACUGCACAGUGCAAAGAUUUCAGCACGGUAGCGGGAGGGCUGCGGCUCUGCUUCGCAGAGGUGGAUUAUCCACAUUUCCAGGGAAUCUACAGCUCAUGCUUAUCUGUGCCAAUCACUUGCUUGCUUUCCUCUGUUGUGGUAAGUUAUUCUCUGUGUCCCCGAGGUGCUCAUUACCACAUUAUUCAGGCUCUGUUUACGUAACUUUAGAAACCAAAAUAAAUUCCUGAAAGACAAAACUCCCCAGCUCUUCUCUGAUCCCUUCUCUGAAGUGUGUGUAACACCUUACAAAAGAAGAACCUGCUACAUUUCUUAAACCCCUCGAGUUCCUGCAGUGGUUCAGUUGCCUCCAGAGAAUAAAACUUGCAUCCAGGCCUAAAGACAUUGUCCUUGGCCUGAUCUCUCUCUGCAGCAGAUGCCUUUCCACUGAGCUCCAACCUGCUCUUGCAGAAGAUUACUAGUUUUAGUUGUGGUUUCCCAUCCACAGCCCUUGAGAUACCACUGCAGCUCGACUAAUCAGUAUUAUCCUCAUGCUGUGCUUUGCUCUGAUAUCAAAUGAAAGCCUAGAAAUUGCAGUAGUCAAGUUGCUGGUUUACAGCUGAACUCAUAAAUGGUAUUUCAGGAGAUGCUCAGGGAACCGUCAGAAGGGAGGAGGGUUGGAAUGACCAUCCCCUUCAUACUCCAACCUUCAGGUGCCGUUUUUCACGAACAAGGAAACCAGUUAUAAUUACUUUAAAUUCUCUGCCGUUUAGGCUGCCUGUUAUCGCACCAAAGACAGGUCAGAGUGAUAGACUAUAGUAAUAUAGUAUAUAAAAUAGCGUGUACCACAAUAACAGAAUACAUUGCCUCCUGGUACAUAAGACACAGCUGUGCAAACAGAGGAGUGGCAACCAGCAAGACUUCCAGGUUUUCAGCAGGCUGCCCUGAUACACUGGGCUGGCCACAGUCAAUAGAAGGAAGCAGAACUCCCUUUGGGCCAAACAAAAGGGAAACAUGAAAACAUCACAGUUCUCCAGUGUCGCUGGAGCUUCCAUUUGCACUAACGUUACGUGCAGUAUUUAUCAAAAGUCUUUAAUCAUUUAUCUGCUCAAUGAGUUUCUUCACUCGUUCUCUUUUGAGCAUGUAACAGAAAAUGCUCUCUGUAAUUCAGCAAAAUCUCUUAGUGCGUGGAAGUUCACAGGCGAUGAGGAAAGAUGCUCCUUGUGGGAUGGGAGGCGGGGGAGCAGUGGUGGAGGCAGCGUGUCCCUGCCCUGCUCUCUCCUCCAUGCUGCACUCUGAGGCUCCGGCUGUAGUUGUGCUGAGGAUGUCAUUAACAACGUACUAUCCCAGAGACUGCCAGUGGUGGAAAACUAAGCAAAUUAAGAUUUUUUAAAUAUCUCGGCUCUCCCUUCAGAAGACAUCUGCUGCAAUACAUUGGCAUGCUGUGUGCUUCUGUCAGCUGGGCCUUUGCUGCGCUACACCCUUCCUCGGAGACAUGCAAAAUGUGGCGCUUGCUCUGGCAAUUAGUUCUGUGGGACCAGGUUCCUAGAGACCCUUAGCAGAGCUGAAGCUGUUACCUAGGAGAACCUGUUCAUGACUCAUAUGUUCAGACAAAGUUUACUCUGUACAGAGAGGGGAAGAUAACAUGCUUGGGAAAUGUGCACCUUAGCCCCUCCUUUCUUGCAAAGCAGUGCAUUAAAAUUUGGGGGAAGAUCUGGCAUUGGCACUGAAGGAAGCCUAGGCAGACUGAAUUUCCCUGCUCAUCAGCCACAGCACACUGUGGGAGCUCAGAUCAAUUGUCCAAGUCAUAAGCUACACAUUCCCCAGCAAUAGGCAGCACCAUCUUGCCAUGUGCAACAGAACAUAGGCACGUGCUUAUUAUUAAAAUAGAGGCAGAGAGCUGAUUCUCCCUGGAAGCAAUGGCAGUGCUUACCUGCUCCCCAACUUAAAAAUAUUUGCUAGAAGUUAGCAUGCAUCCCCCCGAGCACAAGAGGGGCAAAUUUGCAAUCCUCCUCAGCCUGAGAACACUUAAAUCAGGACUUCUGCCUCCCAGAGCUUGUCCCUUUACCCUGGCCCGGUCUCUGAGUUGUUCCUGAGAAACAGCAGAUUAUUCAAUGUGCAAUGCAUUAGUAGCUGAUGAAGCAUAGCAACCACUUUCUAGUCAAGUGCUUUAGCCAGCAGGUUACCUGCUGCUCUUCAGCAUCCUCCAUUCAUGUUACAUGCCUUUUCUCUCAUUGCUGAUGCUGAUCAAUCUCAGUUCUGCAUGUGUUUUCAAAUACUUGGAUAUAUCUAAGCCAAAUCUCACUAAUUUCAACAAGGUGUUCUGCCAGGCAAGCAGGUACAGUGCAUAACAGAAUUGGGACCCCAAAUUAUAAAUUAUGUAUCCUAAAUUACAAUUUUUUAUUAGGUUGGGACCUUCUUUUAAUGCAUGUUUUUACAGACAACACCAUGAGCUCGAGUCCUAGUUGCAGGUACUGUGUGCUCUACUGCAACAUCACUAUGACAACUGCUAAGAUCAGGGCUGGGAGAAAUCUUGCCUUAGUGCAAAACAAAUACUGCAUUUAGUUAGUCUCAAACAUGUGGCCGAGGCAUCCUAUUCGCUUUCCUUGCUUGCUGCUUCAUCUCCAUGUAUGUCUCAGCAAAGGAAGAACUAUCUAGACAAUAUUCAGCAUGCAGCAAACAAUUCUGCUUUGAAUGAGGCUUAAAUGAUGACAAUCCAACAAGGCAGAAAAACUCUUCAUUCUCCCUGGGCUUGUAUGAGCCUCCCUAGGAAGAGAUCAGAGCCUUCUGGUUUGAAAUGCUGCCUUAGGGUUUGCUUUUUAUGUCAAUAAAUGUUUUAUCACGUUUAAGCUUCAAACACGGUACAAACAUCACCACUAACAUUUGAUGAACGCAAACAGAGACAGCAAGCCUGGGCAGAGGGCAGCGUGCAGCGCAGCACCGCGCUUCCCUUCUGCGGGGGGGGCUCGCCUUGGCCUCACGGCGAGACGGGGCGAGAUGGUGCCUUUGCAAUUACACACCGCCUUGAAAAACACACAGGCAAGCUAAGGAAAGGGGAUGUUCCUCUCUUCAGGUCUUCACCACUUUUGAUCUUUUCUUUCUUUUGCUUUUUCAUCUCGCCCUGCUAAAGUGACCUCGGUAUGGUCAGUAAAGCAUACAAUGUGCCCGGGUCUGUGGUGGGGCUUAAGAGGUCUCUCUCUGUCUUCACGCUGAGCUAGUCUGUCCCUCCUGAUAUCUCCUUGGAGUCUCAUUUCUCCUCUGACCUCCCACUCACCUGUAGCACAUGGAGAUGCUGCAGUGAAGUUUAAGCAGCAAUCUGCUGCUAGGCUGCCUUCGGCACCUGCAGUGCCAGAGCUGAAAUCUCUGGAUUGAACCUACCGAGUUGAAACCCACAAGCAGUGCACAAGUGCUACAGAUUGUGAUGUAAAGUUGGGGUUUUGCUUUUCCCAGCGCUUGCCAGUUCCCCCUUCCGGUGCCGUUCCUUCGUUUUUCCUUUCCGGACGCUGUGUUUUGCAGUGGCGGUGCCUGCCUUCCCUCCCCUCCCCUCUGCUUCCCCUCCUCUGCUCUGUCAAAUGCAGCACUUCAGCGUCACUGAAGUGACAGGGGAUGCAGCAGCUGCGGCAGAGGAGUUGGAGAGGAGGAAGGAAGAGAAGGAAAAACUGCUCUCGACAAAAGAGGCAGCAGAAACACUGAAAGAUGAGCUUUCCUCCAGAAGUCGAUCCCAGUUACCCUUUGUUAGGGCAGCAAAUUAAGAUACGGUCUCUAAUUCAGUGUGUUUGGCAAGCAGACCCUGGCUGCUCUAUGUAUUCCUACAGUAUAUUUUCAGAGAACAAAGCUCAGAUGUAUCACUCAGGUUUGCCACAACCUGGACUGAAUCAGCAAAAUGGAUGAUUAGCUACACCGCACGCUGCCAGCCGCUGCGGGGCUGAGUGACAGAACAACAAAAGCUCACUUCACUGCUCACAGCUUCAAAAAAAAAUCCUGGCUCCUCAGAAAUGCAAAGGUCAGGAAUGUAGGGGGAAAGAAUCACAGAGCGAUGGGCUAGUUACAUGUCUGUCUGUAUUCUAGGACACCUAGGAUUUCCAGGGUGAAUGUUUGCCAUUUUCCAAAAAGACUUGCUUGUAUUUCGUGGUUUAUGCAACAGAUUUUGCUUGCAACUUAUCCUGAUUGCUAAAUAAUUACCCUGUAGCAGUGCGGAUUUUUCUGUUACAUGAGACUGUUAUCACCAAGUGCCAAAUGCAUCUUGAAAGGCUUUUUGUAGGGUUCUGCUGAAUAAGCACACUUUUGAAAGAGCACUUUUCUGCAGCCUGACCUCAUCUUGCCAGCUGCUGAUUACCCUCCUGCCAACCACUGGUGACAUCUCCGCAUGAUAGAUUGGAGUAGACAGUAAGGAUACCCCAUUUACCUUGACAUUAAUUAACUAAUGCACUAGCAGAAGCCCAACAGAAAAGCCUGCAAAGUGUAGUUUAUUCUAGAAACUUCUUAGGAUAUUUAGACAGUAAUAGGCUCAGUUGAUAAAAGCAUCAGAGAACCUCACUUUGAAAUUUCAGUCUCGUGCGAGGAAAGAGAGAACUUGCAUUUGAAGUAUUUAUUAAAAUCAGUUUGUAAAGGGUAAAGAUAGACUCUAGUCCACCUAUACAGAUUCUCCAAGAAUAAGAUGACCAUGCAAACAAAACCAAAAAGCAGUCUUCCACGCAUGAAAUAAAACAUUUCUCUGGACAUCUAUUUCCAGUGCAAGCCCCAAAGAAAAGAACAAGUAAAUCUGUGCCACCUUAGUGGAAGAAGGCAAGGAUGCCGAGACUCGUGAUAACUCUCUGCUGCUCAUCAGGUGUUUGAACUAAACAUUUGCAAAGGAAGUUUUAACUUGCAUUACUAAAAAUAAACUCCAGCUUGUACGUGAGGCUUAUUGUGUAGUCUUCCAUAAUGUCUUUUCUGCACUAUUUUCUGAGAAUUUUAUAAGCUAAAAACUUUAAAGAAGGUUUUGUCAAACUCUAAGGAAAUAAAGGCACAGAUCAGAAAUUUAAUGACCUUCUGAAGUGGGAUUUCAAGUGGAGCUUAUGCUCACUUUCUUUAUUAGUGGAAAAUGAAAACAGGUCACUUUUUCACUCAUCUAGCUUAAAUUGAAAUAUGGCUCUCCUAAAACAAAAAUAGCCUCGCUAAAGUAUCGAUUACUAAGUAUCACAUCACUGAAGGCAAGGGAGUCCAACCCACUGUCACUAUAGAGGUGGUUUAAGUUUUGUUUUGCAUGUGGAUGAGGUCAAAAAUACCUUUUAAAAAGCUUCCCAUAUGCAGCCCCUGUUCCCCGAAAUUAAAACCAAUCAAUUCAGGAGUCCAGCUGCCAGCAUAAUGCACCCUAAAUCAGCAAACCAAAUUUGCUGCCUCGCCUCUGCCUUCACGCACCACUAGACUGUACCAGUUUCGCUCUGCGCAGCCCUUCACCUCCAAUGAAUUUCCUCGUGUGCUUUCAGCUCCAUUUUUUAGAGUCUGGCUUGGAAGCACAAGCUUCACUACUCUGCCUCUGUUUACAAGAUUUGAAGUAUGUCUUCAGACCUAAAGAAGAAAAUUAAACUAAUCUGCACAGGUUACCCUCAGCCUGCUAGAGUGAGUUAGUAUCCAAGCACUAUACGGCUGUACUAAUGCCAGCAGCACAUGAAAUGCCUGCUGUGGCUGGCACAGGGCUGGCAUGAGCCCUAGCGACAUGCUGCCCACAGGAGCUAGGAAGCAAAAUGAUUCCCACACGCCUUUUGGGUUGGUUUGGGUUUUUUUUUUUAAUAUUUAUAAUCACAGAACCAUCAAAUGUUUGGGGUUGGGAGGGGUCUUAAAGAUCAUCUAGUUUCAACCCCCCUGCCACGGGCAGGGACACCUUCCACUAGACCACGUUGCUCAAAGCCCCAUCCAGCCUGGCCUUGAACACUUCCAGGGAUGAGGCAUCCACAGCUUCUCUGGGCAGCCCGUUCCAGUGCAGAGCCACCCUCACGGUGAAGAAUUUCAUCCUUAUAUCAAACCUAAUUCUGCCCUCUUUCAGUGUAAAGCCAUUACCCCUUGUCCUAUCUCUAUGUGCCCUUGUAAAAAGUCCCUAUCCAUCUUCCUUGUAGGUCUCCUUUAGGUACUGGCAGGCUGCUAUAAGGUCUGCCCAGAGCCUUCUCUUCUCUAGGCUGAACAUCUCCAACUCUUUCAGCCUGUCUCCAUGGGAGGGGUGUUCCAGCCCUUUGAUCAUCAUCAUGGCCUCUUCUGGCCCCUCUCCAUCAGGUCCACGGCCUGUUGGGGGCCCCAGAGCUGGAUGCAGAACUCCAAGUGGGGUCUCACCAGAGCAGAGCAGCAGAAUCACCUUCCUCGACCUGCUGGUCAUGCUCCUUUUGAUGCAGCUGAGGGUACCGUUGGCCUUUUGGGCUGCAGGUGCACUUUCCCUAGUCCUUCUCUUCACAGCUGCUCUCAAUCCAUUCUCUUGCCCAGCCUGUAUUUGUGCUUGGGAUUGCCCCACCCAUGUGCAGGACCUUGCACUUGGCCUUGUUGAAUUAUAAUAUGCUCAAGUUUAAAAAGCAGCCUGACCUCAGAGAAGACCGUACUUAGAGGGACUCACCGUGUUUCGGAGGAACAUAAUUGGGCAAAAUCAGAAGUGCCCAUGCUAGCCAGGAGGUGGCAGAGGAGCAAGGCUACCUUGUACACCGUUUUUUGCAUUAAUUUGGAAAAAAAACACAAAUACAAACCAAAGAAACACAACAAAACCCAGCCUCACCCUCUAUCUUCAGGAAUAAGAGGAUGAAACCUUUAAUCACAUUCCUGCUUGUAUUUAUACUAAUUGCUCAUCUUCCUGAGAUUUGACUUUAUGAAAUUAUGCAUGCACACCAAGCAGAUGAGUUUCCAUAGAAACUCAGGAACUGAACUUUCAUUAGAAAAAUCUUUAAAAAAAAAAUCUUCCAGAUAAAAAUGCAAAUUGCCUGUCAGUGGGUGGCUUUCUGAAUUUAUAUAUAAUUCUUUUCUUUUGCACUGUAGGCAGAUUCCAGCUGGACCUACAUAGCAACAACAUGCAGGCAUUGUUUAUAGCAAGCCAGACUCUAUGGGGAAAUAAGAAAUUCAGUAGCAAGGAGAAGCUCUCAAGCGCAAAUACCUCAGGGAAACAAAAAACUGAAGUGCUCAGUACUGCGUCUUCAUGAGGCUUGCGGAUUGUGCAGCCUUCAGCUCUCACAAAAUGCUUGUGAUUUGCAAGGAGCAGGGCGAGGAGAAGGGGAAAGAGGGAGCACAAAGCAAGAAACUCUCCUGCAUGCACAAUUAAUGAUGUUCAACCUGUCCUUUAAACAUCCAGCAGCACAUUUCUGCCGGUUCAGUUAAGCCUCACUGGAAAGGCUGAGACCAUCUGUCACGGCUCAGUGUGGGUGGAGGAGUAGGUCUCUGUGCUGGGGUUUGGGAACAUUUGCAGGCCUGGGUUGGAAAUCAGGUUGACCACACCUCAGUCUCUGCUUGGGCUGAGGCCUGAAGCACAAUGUCUUCUGCCCACACCACAGGGACACCCAGACACAUGGUCAAGAAGGGGACGUGGGGCUGUUCCUGGUCAGAACAAGAGGGAAGCAGGACAGUGGGCACUCCUGGGAAGAGCCAGGGACCUGGGCAGCCCUUGGCACUAACACUUGUGCAUGGAAGCAAGGAUGAGGGAGGAAAUCUUUACCUCCUUUAGCAAAUGUUUCCUCCUGUGUUUUUCCCCCAAAAUAUAUAGCAGUUUUUCUCUCAUGCAGUGUACCACAGCAUCAACAGGAGGCUUUCCCCUGGCUUUGGGGAGCCCGAGAUCACUCUUUUUGAGGGUUCACAGAUGUUUUUUCAGCUAAAGUGGCGUCCUUGAAAGCAUUGAAUACCAAUGAGCAAAUGUUCACAUGUGCUGCGCUUACUGGUGGGCAUCAGCUUCAGCACCGUGCCCAGGUGAACACAGGACCUGUGGUUUGCGUACAGCCUCCUCCCCAGUGCUGCAGGACACUCACAGGCACCCCAGCCUGGCCCACACUGGGGACCCAUGGGGCACCUCCAGUCCUUGACCAACAUGGGUGCUUGGGCAGAGGAAGGAGCUGAGCUGCAUGAGCGGGUUACGGUGAGGUGGGUUUCACUGCAGCAUUGCGGAGCGGCAUGAGAUGUUCAGCCUGGAAGGGGAUUCCCCUCCUCACUGGGGAAGGAUGACAGGCAGCAUCUGCACCAGCUCAAUGGCCCCCAUGCCAGUGGCCCUUCAGGAGCAUCAGGAGCCUCAGUGCCACUUGUGUCAGGGAGAGGACAGCCAUGGGUCCCCAGCCACCAGAGAGCACAAUCGGCUCUGCUCCGUCAGCACAACAGGAAGAGUUUUUAGGAAGGGUGGUUUUGUGGUUGAGGACAAACGAGAGCUGAUUUAGCUCCCAUCUAUUCUUGGCUCAGCAGCAGAUUUGUUGUGGCCACUCUACUUGCCCUUUCUGUGCCUCAUUAUCCCUGUCAAGCGGGUGACUCAAAUUAGAAUUGCACAAAUUCCUUCCAGUCUGUCAUUACAUGCCUACGGUUGUCUCCUGGCAGCUACCUCCAGAGGAACCAGCCUCAUUGGGGUACCUCUGUGUCACCUCUGCCUGCUCACAGUUGUAAGAUUUGAUCCUGCUGCCUCACCAUUUUCCAACAGAGAGAGAAACUUAAAGAAAAAAACAUCCCCACUGCAUCUUUAGAUUAUAAGAUUUCAUAGUUGAGUCGAUUAUUCAGGUCAAGGUUUGAGGCAAUGAAACUUUACAAAGUACUGCCAAUACUUCAUUAAAUGGGUUUUUCUUAAUUCUUCUCUCUGGCAAAGUGAUGUGUUUCUGUAGGUAGGAGUACUAUCACUGGCUAUGGGGUCUCAGUCGUGCUGAGGCACCAUGUGUCUAAUGACACUUUUGGAAAAGCAAACAAAACAAGACAAAGGCGAGAUCUUCACUACUUCCAAAAGCAUCAUCGUUCUUCCAUCAGAAAUUUGCUUGGGUUCUGGUUGCAAGAAAUUUCAGGUUCGUUAUGACUUUUCAUAUCAACUAAAGGUAAUUUGACUCACUAAAGGUAAAGCUAAUGCAUUUCUUCCUAUAUAUGGCUGCGUCCACAUGUAGUCCCAGGAAAAGCAUGAAGUCAGGCUGUCAUCUCCCUUCCCAGCAUUUCCAGGGGUGAGCACAGGCAGAGGCCAUGCAGAGCGUGUCAGGGGACAUGGAAGCGUCAGCUGCUUCUUCCGCAGGCCAAGCCUGGAUGAAACCGGCGGGAGGUUCAUCCCAGUGCGUGCACCUUCAGGAAGAAGCAGGAAAAUGCCACUGAUGCGUUUUGGACUGCAAAGCCCACGUGACCAUCUGGGCCCCGUGUGGUUGACUGCCGUGUAAUUAAAAGGCAGCCUGGCUCAUGAGAUGCUUUGUGGGUUCAGAUGCAUCCAUGUGAGCCCUAUAGGAAAACAUGUUCUUCCUACCACUUCUUUCAUCCUCCUCCUCCUGUUCCUUCCAGAUGGUUACACCCACUUGUGUCUUUUCUUACCCUAAGGACAGCUUUUUAAACAAGGUUCCUCCAUCCUUCUCCUCCCCCACGCUGCUUUAGGAUCUACACUGGAGUGCAAAUAGCAGGACAGAGGGCUCCAUGCUGUUACAUACAGUUUCUACAAGGCUGGAGAGGGUACACGUCCCUUUAGCCCCAUCUGUUAAGUAGAAAGGUCUUUCUGUAUGGUCAAGAUGUAGGAGCUGAGAGGCUUUACCUCUGCCUCAGCUGGAUGUUCCAGAUGUACAAGAGUUAAUUUAGAUACUCGGUGUAAUUGAACCUGGGUGUAUUUUCCUGGGGAUCAGAAGCCAGUGUAACCUACUCGAGAAGAGAGGGAUCCUUGAAGAGCCUGUAGCUUUUCCUCUGUAUGGCACCAGUAUACAUUCUCCCAGUAACAUGCAGCAGGAGCACUUACAGAGUUGUAUCAGUCUCUGCUUAAAAAAAUUUUUUCAUAAUUGUUUUGUGGGUUUUUUUAAAUUACACAUCAAAAAUUAAAAAAAAAAAAACAACAGAGGUUAAACAGCUGAUUGCUUCUCUUCUCCAGAAACAGGUGGAGAUCACCCCCACAGGACUUCUGCUCCUGCACUCAUGCGUCUGCCCAGCUUGCUGUGAGCUCAGGACACUCCAUUUCUUCCUCUGUUCUGUACCAUUGUUAACCGCUUGUCGCUUGUUUGU